AUGUCCGAUCUGGACUUGGAGCUUCUGGCAUCCAUCGCCUCGGGCGGCCUGGGCAGCUGGCAGCAGGAUGCGCAGGAGAACACCGUGUAUGUGAAGAGCGAGGACUGCAGAGGCAAGCGCGGAGACGAGGGCUGCACAAGAUUCCCGCACACACUGGAGCCGGCGACAGCCAGCCAGCUCGCGCCCCACCCCGCCCGCCGCUCUCGACAGCCGCCGCCAGCCGGCUGCCUGCGCGACCUGCAACGCUUCUUCCGCUACGACGACCCGGAGCAGCGCCCCGCUUUCUUCGCCGUCUCCAAGUACAACUUUGCCCGCUCCGACCUGGUGCCCCUCAUUGUCACAUACCCAGACGAUUACGAUGUCGUCUACAACGCACUCAAGGUGGCCACCUUUCUCACCAUGCCCAGCAGCGACCCGCUGGUCACCAGCAACAAGGCCAAGCAGGAAGAGCACAUGCAGGCGGUUCGCGAGGCGUUUCUGGCUCAGGAUGCUCUGGCGGCGGUGGUGGGGAUGCUGGCUGAGCCGCUGUCGCGCCACCCUCGCAUGAGCGAGCAGGAUGCGGCGCUGACCCAGCUGGUUAUCACCUUCCUCAAGAACCUGGUGGCCAUCCCCGAGGCCCCGCCCGCCGCGGCAGCCGGCGGCGGCGCCGCCGGCGCCUCCAAGCACGCCUCCCGCCGCAUCCAGACGGGCCUGCUGGAGCGCCUGUUUGGCGACAACGUGAUGGACCUGCUGCUGCUGCUGGCCCAGCAUUCGCAGCAGCGCCCGUUCCGUUCCGAGGCACCUGUGCUUGUGGAGCUCUUCAUGCAUCUGUUCUGCGGAGUGGACCCUCAGCAGCUGCUGGACGCUCCUCAGCUGCUGGAGGCCCAAGAGCGGAGGCAGCGGGAGGAGCAGGCGGCGGCGUGCGCGGCCGCCGAGAAGAAGCGGCGCCAGCAGCAGCAGCAGCAGCAGCGUGGAGGCAGCAACGCCUUUGCCGGCUGGGGCGGCAAGGCCGCGCUGGCGGCCACCACCGCGCACCUGCCGCGCCUGCCGGCCCUGCCGCAGCAGCGGCCCUUUGUGCCCAAGUCGAUGCUGCCGCGGCACGUGGCGCAGGCGGCGCCCUCCCGGCAUGCGCACUCGGGCGCCGUGUAUGUGCGACGCCACACGGAGCACAGCAGCAACAUCGUGCUGCGUCACAACCCGCUGCGCUCCGAGCUGCCACGCCUGCCUGCGGUGGCGGACGCCAAGAAGGCGCCGGCGCAGAGGAAGGACGGCCAGGCCGGGGCUGCAGGCGGCGGCGGCGGCGCCCACGGCGGCGUUGCGCAGCCGCGGCUGGGCGCCGAGCUGCUGGUGCGGCUGGAUGCCUUCCUGCAGCAGUUUCUGGAGGGAGCCUACGACAUCCUCAUGACGCAGGUGUUCCGCGAGGUGCAGCCGGGCCUCAACAUCAGCCGCCUGGGGGAUGCCGACUUCAUGCACUUCGUGCGGCUGGCCACCUACUGCACCCGCUACGUGCGGCUGAAGGAGGAACGCAAGCUGCAGGCCAGGCUGCAGGCGGAGAAGGACGGGGGCAGCGCGGGCGUGUCGCCUGUUGGUGGCGCCGGCGCUGAUGGUACGCCAGGUGGCGCUGACGUGGCGCCAGGCGGCGAGGACGAGGCCUCCCCCUUCUCCUCCAUCAGCGCCACCAUGGGUUGGGACUGCUUCCAUUGGGUCACCAUGCUGUGGAUCAUGCUGAGCAACAUGGAGGGCGGCGGGCGGCAGAAGGACCACUCGGACAAGAACUGGGACCUGCAGCACGCCUCGGUGCCGCUGCUCAAGGAGAUGCUGCUGGCGCUGGACCUGGCGCGGGUGGCGGGCAACGCCGCCGACCGCCGCGCCGCCGACCGCCUGCAGCGCCGCCUGCUGCACGACGACCUCAAGGAGUCGGGGCUGCUGCCGGUGCUGUCCCGCCUCAUCAAGGGCUACAACUUCCGCUUCCAGCCCCGCUCCCACGCCGUGGACCUCAUCGGCACGCUGCACGUCGUGCUGGGCAUGCUGGACCGCCUGUCAUCUGCAGAGCCAGGUGGCUUCCGGGUCAGGGCGGCGGCGCGCCAGGGCGGUGGCCGGCGCAAGAAGCCCGCCCCCUCUCCAGCCGACAAGCAGCCUGCGGAGGGCGAGGGCGCUGGCGAGGAUGCGGCGGCGGCAAAUGACGACGCCAGCCAGCAGCAGCAGCAGCCUGGGGAGGAGGGUGCCGCCGCUGCAGCUGCGGCGGGCGGCGAGGAGGAGCAGCAGCAGGGCAGCCCUGCCGGCAGCAAGGCGGGGUCGGAGGGCGGCGACGAUGAGCUGGCGCAGCGUGUGGGGCGCAGCGGCGACCCUCUGGAUGAUGAUGGCGAGUUUGAUCGGCCCCGCGCCGUCACACGCGAGGUGGCCUUUGAGGCGGCCCGCCGCAUCCGCCAGGAGUGCGCCCAGCCCGUGAUCGUGCACUUCUACGCCUGGCUGCUGCAAGGCUACCGCACCAACGCGCCCUUCACCAACCACGCCAUCCUGUCGUUCCUGCGCCGCAUCGCCGAGCCGCGCCAGCUCAACCUGGAGCCCAUGCUGUACCAGCUGAGCGUGCUGCGUCUGUUUGAGGCCAUCCUGUCUGACCUGGUCAUCAAGCGCAACCCAGACUAUGCCGAGCUGAUCGCCUUUGCCAAGGGCACCGUGCGCAACAUGUUUGCACGGAUGGUGCCCGACCUCUCUGAGCUGCGUCAGAAGGCCGGGGAAGUGGAGGCCAACCUGGAUGCCCGCUUUGCUGCCGCGGAGGGCGGCGGCGGCGAGCAAGAGGCCGACAGCGCGGAGCAGGAGGCAAGGCGGGAGCGGCGGCUGGCGCUGGCGGAGGUAAAGGCGCGGGAGAAUGCCGCCAACGCCUUGUUUGUCGAGCUGCUGUUCUGGAAGGGCGCCAACGUGGCGGAGGAUGUGCGGAAUGAGUACAACUGGAGGGGGCUGGUGGAUCCUCAGGAGCACCGUCGCCGCGGCGGGCGCCGCGGCCGCGGCUCGGCGCUUGGCGACGACGAGGGCUCUGACGGCGAGCAGCUGGGCUUUGCCAGCUUCCGCAAGAAGGGGACCUUUACCGAGGAGCAGGCCGCCCUGCUGCAAGCCGAGUUUGAGAAGCGCAACGGGCGCAAGGGCUGCCUGGAUGCGCUGGUGUUCGAGUUCGGGGGGCAGUGGAAGAAAGGGCAGAUAUCGCGGCAGCUCAAGGCCAUGGGGUUGGCAUGCGGCAAGUUCACACAGAACCAGGACGAGCGGCUGGCGGAGCGGUACGAGGAGGUACGGGGCAGGCUGGACUGCUUCCAGCUGCUGGCGGAAGAGCUGGAUGCGGGCUUUACUGCCAACCAGGUCAAAUUUCACCUGCGCAAGAUAGGCGUGGUGGCGGGCAGGAAGGGUGCCGCCCCCAAGUUCUCAGACCAGCAGGUCAAGCGCCACCUGCAGAAGCUGGGCAUCGUGCCCCACAAGAAGAGGCGGCAGCAGCAGGCGCAGGGCGACGCCGCUUUUGAUGCCCUGGCAGCCAGCAGCGGCGACGAGGCGGGCGGCGCCCACCAGCGCUUGCCGCGCAGUGACGGCGGCAGCGGCAGCGAUUCAGAGUCGGAUGGCGGCGCCUCGGGCUUUGGCUCAGCCAGGUCCGAGCUGGAGGAAGGCAGUGAUGGUGGCGGCAGCGACUCAGAUGGCGGCAGCAGCAGCGACGGCGGCGGCAAGGGCGCUCCCGCCGUGGCCGCCGGCGCCGCCACAGCAGGCCGCGUUCAGGGCAAGGCAGCGCGGCGGCAGGCGGCUCUGGAGGCCCUUCAGAGCAAUGCGGGGCGGCGCAAGGUGCAGCGGCAGCAUGCCAGGGAGAUGAGCCCUGAGCUCGGCGCUGCGGCCCUGGGGUCAGAGGAUGAGGAGGAUGGCACGGCAGGCGAUGGCGACAGCAUCGCGGCGCAGCAGGCGGCUGCGGCGGCCGCCGCCGCCAGCCCCACCUCCAGCGACGGAGGAGGCAGCUUUGUCAGCCUGCUGGACAGCGACGGAGACGGCGGCGCGGCGGCUGGCACGGAUGCCGAGGCGCCGGCGUCCAAGAAACCCAAGCGGGGGCCGGCAGCUGCCGGCGCCGACGCUGCGGAUAACGACAGCGACGGUGCGGGGGGCAGCGGCAGCGAGGACGGGUUUGAGAGCGCCCGGGAGAGCGAGCCGGCCGAGGCUGGGAACGAGGAGGAGGAGGCAGCUCCUGCCAGGCAGCGGAAGAGGCAGCCGGCCGCGCAGAAGCAGCAGCAGAAGACAAAGAAAGCGCGGCGGCAGGGGGGCGAGGAGGAGGGAGGACGGCGGCAGCAGCGGCAUGGCGAAGGCCGCGGCACGCCAGGCACCAAGCGCAAGGUUGCAGAGGAGGCAGCGGGGCCUAGCAGCGCGCAGAAGCGGGCCGCGCUAGACGCGCUGCGGCAGCGCAGGCAGCAGGUCACGGCAGCGGCGGCUCCUGCCUCGCUCCCGCCUGCAACUGAGCCGCUGGCAGAGUGGCGGGAUGCAGAGGAGGAGGGCCGCGGCGGCACGGGAGCUGCUGCCGGCGUGGAUGAGAAUGCUGCACCGCAGGCUCAGCAGGCGGGGCGGCAGGCGCAGGGCAAGCCGGCAGGCAAGCGGCGGCUGAUGCGGGGCGGCGGCGAUGGUGCAGCGGCGGCACCGGCACCCGUGGCGGCAGGCUUGGAAGACCUAGAGGACGAUAUCUGA